UCUUUUCGUUUAUGGGAUCAAGAGCGGUCCUUUAUAUUUCAUUUUGAGACUAGGGUUUUUGCUUCUCGCUCCUCCUUCCCUGGACGUCAUUUACGGUUCUUCUCUUCGGUACGUGGACCUUUACUUUGUAAGGAUUUAAAAAUCUUGGCAAGAUGCAGAACGAGGAAGGGCAAAACAUGGAUCUCUACAUUCCGAGAAAAUGCUCGGCCACAAAUAGACUUAUCACCUCCAAGGACCAUGCAUCGGUCCAAAUUAACAUUGGCCACGUAGAUGAGGAUGGGAUUUACAGAGGCCAAUUCACCACGUUUGCCCUUUGUGGAUUUGUCCGUGCCCAGGGCGAUGCCGACAGUGCGGUGGACCGGCUUUGGCAAAAGAAGAAGGCUGAGUUGAGGCAGUAGGAUGUUUCAAAUGACUUGAAGCAUCAUUGUGUUUUAUGGAAACCUUAAUUUUCAUUAUACAAAGACUUUGGGUGGGCCUAUGGCUCUGUUGAUUGGACUCGUUUUGCUUUUGAGGUUAAGCAAGCCAUUUACCUUCUAUGCUUCAGGGAUUCCUUUGAGGUUAUGAUUCAGUAAAGUAUUCCUUACGUUGGCUAGAUGUGAAGGUUUAACUGUGCUCUUUGCUCAGUUUUUGUUGAAGAUUCGAUUUUGUUUCAGAUGAAACUAUUUCAAUA